AUGAGUUCCAGCUCAGGAUUCGGGUCAUCCUCGUCGCAUGGUAGACAGCAGAUGAUGAACGACGUUGAGGUUAGGCAUUGUCGUUGUAAAUUUGAAGGCAAGAGGUUGGAAGCUAAGAGAAUGACUUCAUGGACCGAUGAGAACCCUGGGAGAAGGUUCUACGGGUGUCGAAAUUGGAAGACCCAAAAUUGUGGUUUUUUUGAUUGGUAUGACGAACCAAUGUCUGAAAGAGCUCGUGAAGUUAUAAACGGAUUGAAGAAGGAAAACAUGAAGCUUGUAAAGUUGCAUGAAAGUUCGAAGCCCCCCAUUGAUUUGGAAGCUGAAAUUGAGCAGCUUUGUAUGAAACUAGUGAAAUGA